UAUAUAUCCUUUUUCCCCAACUUUUUUUUCAGCCUUCCCCUCCACUCUUCUUUACUGCUUCGAUCUUUUCCAAUUGACUCAUCACUCACUCACACUCUUCCCCACCUCAAUUGACUUCUUCUCUCCCGUCGACCUCUGACUCUCAUAUAAGAAGAGACAGACUCUCCUCCUCUCUCUCCUUCUCUUUCCCCGUCAACAGUGACAGAUCCCCUCCUACACAUCCACACACAAUGGCCACCGAACUCCCCACCACCAACGGCAACGGCACCGCCGCCCAGGACGGCGACAACACCUUCGCCGUCAAGGCCGGCCUCGCCAGGAUGCUCAAGGGCGGCGUCAUCAUGGACGUCGUCAACGCCGAACAAGCUCGCAUAGCAGAAGAAGCCGGCGCCGCCGCCGUCAUGGCCCUCGAGCGCGUCCCCGCCGACAUCCGCGUCCAGGGCGGCGUGGCACGCAUGUCCGACCCAAAAAUGAUAAAGGAGAUCAUGGAUACCGUUACCAUCCCCGUCAUGGCGAAGGCGCGCAUCGGGCACUUCGUCGAGUGCCAGAUCCUCGAAGCCCUAGGCGUAGACUACAUCGACGAAUCCGAAGUCCUGACUCCAGCCGACGCCGUCCACCACGUCUCGAAGCACGCCUUCCGCGCCCCCUUCGUCUGCGGGUGCCGCAACCUCGGCGAGGCGCUCCGCCGCAUCUCCGAAGGCGCCGCCAUGAUCCGCACGAAAGGCGAGGCCGGAACCGGCGACGUCAUCGAAGCCGUCCGCCACAUGCGUACCGUCAACUCUGAGAUCGCGCGCGCGAAGGGCAUGGACGAGAUGGAGUUGCGUGUGUACGCGAAGGAACUGCAGGUGGACUAUGAGUUGCUUAAGCAAACGGCGGAACUCGGGCGGCUUCCCGUGGUGAAUUUCGCGGCGGGGGGUGUUGCCACGCCGGCGGAUGCGGCGUUGAUGAUGCAGCUUGGGUGCGAUGGGGUGUUUGUGGGGAGUGGGAUUUUUAAGUCCGGGGAUGCGGCGAAGAGGGCGAGGGCGAUUGUGCAGGCGGUUACGCAUUAUAAGGAUCCGAAGGUUUUGGUCGAGGUGUCGAUGGAUCUUGGGGAGGCGAUGGUGGGGAUUAAUACGGAGAAGAUGCCGGAGGGGGAGAGGUUGGCGAAGAGGGGGUGGUGAGUGUGAAGAGAUGAAGGGAGAGGGCGAGUUUGUAUGAUAGGAAUGAAAAUGGAAUGGGUGUUCGAUAGCACGGUAUGAAUGCUCAAAAAUGUGUUUAGUUAUUACAUCGCCACCCAGCAGUUCAACCUACACUACCAGUACUUAUCUCAAAAGAAAAAACAAGCAAAAAAGAGGGUAUCAAAUUCACCAA